GUGUGCGACAUCAAAUUUCAUAAUGACCCUGAGUUUUUCUGCACGUGUAUGCGAAUGCGAGCGUUGAUCAAAGUACCGCAGGUCUGUGGCUGCGAAUCGAUUCGUCUUCAAGCUACUGUACUACUUCUAAGCAGUGAUCGGAAGAUAGCAAGAGUCAUGCAUGAGUUUCCUAGAUCAUGCUUGAAGGAAACCUUGACACCGCUUGAGCAAUGCGUAAAGUGUGACUUUCAUUUCAGGAUAACGGGGUUGAAGUCUCUACGUGCUUUCAAACGUAGUCACAACCGACCAUGAUUGAGUAGUACUACCUAAUCUCUUUCUUUGAGACCAUGAGCCUCGACAUCCCUAAAUGGUGGCCGUUUCGAAAUGACAGCCGCCGUCUUUCCCCUUUCGGAGAAAGUCAGGUGCGUCAGACCUUGGCAAGAAGUCU